CGAUUGACUCCGGUCUGCAAGCACAGACCCGACCAUGGCUGCUGCCAGGCUCAUCAUCUCCCUCCUCAUCUGCCUCUGCGCCUACUACUUCUAUAAUGAAGAAACCAUUUCUGCAGAUAUGGUGCGAGGGAAGCGCGUGCUGGUCACAGGCUCCAGCACGGGCAUUGGAGAACAAAUCGCCUAUGAGUUUUCUCGCCUGGGAGCCCAUGUGUUCCUCACUGCCAGGAGAGAAGAACAGCUCAAGCAGGUGGCAAAGAAGUGUCUGGCCCUCGGAGCAAGUUCUGCCAGACACAUCGUAGCAGACAUGAGUGACCUCACUGCAGCCCAGAAGGUCAUUGAAGAUGUUGGAAACAGCCUGGGGGGUCUUGACUACUUGGUUUUGAACCACGUGGGAGGAAGUGAAUACUUUGGCCCUUUCAAAGGGGACAUGGCAGCAGUGAGUAGGUCCAUGACCAUCAACUUCUUGAGUUAUGUGCAGCUGACCAUAUCGGCACUGAGCAUGUUGCAGGAGUCUCAGGGCAGCAUCAUUGUUGUAUCCUCCGUGAGCGGUCGUAUUGGAAGCCCUUUCACCCUAUCAUACAGUGCAGCCAAGUUUGCUUUGGAAGGAUUCUACAGCUCUCUGCGCAGGGAGCUUCACCUCCAGCAGACCAACCUCUCUGUCACAGUUGCUGUGCUGGGAUAUAUCAAUACAGACAAUGCUGUGAGGAUAGUUGGUGACAAAAUUGCAUGGGCUGCCAAUCCAAAGGAAGAGUGUGCUCAGGAAAUAGUAAAAGGAGGUGUGCUGCGACAGCGAGAGGUCGUGUAUCCCUACUGGAGCUUAAAACCUCUGCUGCUGUUCAAAGAGUGGAUGCCAGGCCUGAUCGAAUCACUGAUGGACAAGUCCUACAUCCUGGAAAACAUCGUCUAGAUUUCCAAGCAGUUUUAAUUCCACAAUUAAAAUCUGCCACCAGAGUA